UUAUUCAUCGGGAUAAACGUGUCUUCUUUAUCUCGGCAAAGAAAAUAAUUCUAGAUCUGUGCAUUAAUGAAAUUCUUUACGUAAGCAAAACAUUCUUUACACUUCACUCUAUUGUAUUUCUGAAAUUGAUCACUUCAUGGUCGGGAACGAUAUAGAUCACAGUUUGCAUUAACGGGGAAGUAAAAGUGAUUGUAAUUUUUGAAUUCAAAAACAUGCAUUAUAUCGCAUUUAUUUCGUAUAUCUGCUAUUUCGCCACGUUAUUCUGCGUUUCUGCACAAUUUCACAGUUCUACCGAGAACAAUAUUAUUCAUUUAUUACCCGCCUAUGCUGUCGCUUCGAGAGCUAGUCUUCUCGGUUCGGCAACAUGUGCAACGGAAUUACGAGAUUUCCUAGACGCUGUCAAUCAACGGAUACUGUGGGGUUUAAAAACAUUGGAUUCCAGUGGCGAACUCAAAUCAGGUUUCCUUUAUGGAAAUAAUUUUUGGCUGGGCAGUCGUAGUCAAUGCCUCGAUAUAAUGAACAGGAGUCCCUUCGAGAUCGCAAAACGGCACAUAUUAAAUAACACGCGAUACCGCGAUCCGCAGAAUGAGUUUCCACCUUUCCAACUGAAUUACUUUGUUGCCUACAUUAGACACAACAGUACUCUUCAGUAUCACAUCAAUAUGUUUACUGAAGAUCUGAUUACGCUCGGCCUCUGUUUGCCCGCAUCUUGUUCCACGAAUAAUAUAAGUUUCAUUCUAGAAGGUAUAUUUCGAGACAGAAUUCUUUUAGUCAAUGAUCUGUAUUCCGUGGAUCUCAACCUGAUCCAGGUAAAAGACUUAAAGGAUGAUCACCAAUGGCUGUUAAAUGGUGCGAUACCUUUCAUAUGUAUUGCUCUAGUGCUUACCUUUGCCAUGAUGAUAAGCGGUACGAUAUACGAUAUAUUCAUUUAUCAAACAUAUUUAAAGGCAAACACUAAAACUGUCGUUAAAAAUGCGGUCGAGGAGAUGCAAAUGACAGAUUUGUCGUCAUCAUGUAAGAAAAAUAGAUUCGCGGAUAUACUAAUGUGUUUCUCCAUUUACACAAAUACGAAGAUGCUAUUUAACACAAAACUGGACACCGAAGCAAUAGCUGUCGUUCACGGCAUAAGAUUUCUGUCCAUGGUUUGGCUAAUUAUAUUGCAUAGCAUACUUUUCACGAUAGAAUAUUUUGACAAUAAAAUAUGGACGUUGAGAUUGGCCGAAGGUGUCUUCAUUCAAGUAUUCAGCAACUCAACCGUAUCGGUUGACACUUAUUUCUUUUUAAGCGGACUUUUAUUGACUUACACGUAUCUAAAGAAUAAAAUAGACAAGGAACGAACUAAUCCGAUUAAUUACAAAGAGAAGAUAAACAAAUUCUUUGUCAGCAUAAUGAAGAGAUAUAUCCGGUUGACACCGGCUUAUGUAAUGAUGAUAGGAAUAGCGCAAUUGAUCUCAUCUUGGUACGAUAAGACUUCGCAAUUUUACAUUGAGGAGAGACAGCACGAAAUUUGCGCAAAAUACUGGUGGAGAAAUGUCUUGUACAUACAUAAUCUGUUUGGUGUUAAUACGAUGUGCUUGACCUGGAGUUGGUAUCUAUCCAACGAUAUGCAAUUCUAUAUAAUCGGUCUGGCGCUUUUAAUUCUGUCAACUGUAUAUUUUUACGCGGUUGUUGUCAUACUGGGUACAAUUUUGAUAGUCUCGGUUAUAUCAAGCGGUUAUACCUCAUACAUUUAUGAAUAUGUUCCGACUAUAGACGAACAGCACAGACUUGUAGAUGUCUUAUAUAUCCCACCAUGGAUUCGAAUUGGUCCAUACAUUAUUGGAAUGGUUACAGGUUACAUUAUAAGAAGAUUUAAUAAAAAAAUAGCUUUGAAAAAGAUUAUUGUAAUUUUAUGUUGGACUCUUGGUGCUGCUUGCAACAUUUUGGUGUUAUUUGGCCUUUACAAACGACAAAUAUCCGUUCUGUCUACUGCUAUCUAUGUUGCAUUAAGUAGAACAGUUUGGGCCAUAGGCAUAGCAUCGAUUGUAAUAAUGUGUUGUACUGAGCAUGGAGACAUUGUUAAGAAGCUCUUAUCAUGCAAAAUCUGGAUUCCUCUUAGCAGACUUACAUACUGCGCUUAUCUUUUAAAUCCUUUUAUCAUACGUUCGAUUAGUCUGCAUAGUGAAAUAUCUGUUCAUUUCGAAUUUCUGUCCGUAGCCGCUACAGUCAUAGGAUACUUGGUGAUUAAUUAUUUCUGUGCAUAUGCAUUGUAUUUAAUGGCAGAGUCACCGUAUAUCCUAUUAAUGCAAAUGUUCAGCCAAUCUCAACAGAAAAAGAAAUAAGAUUAUAAUUUCGCAUACAUGAUUGCGAUAAAAAUACUGUAAUAUUGUAAUAAUUGUAAGUAAAAUUCAAUAAAACAAAAUUGAAUUUUAGACAUUGUCCCUCUAUACAUUUGU